AUGCGACCGCCGGCUGCUGCGACAGCUCUCUACAGCGACUACCUGCUGUCUAGACACCUGCAGCUCCUGCUUUUGCCACUGCCCCUGCCAUACUGCGUUCGGCUCCUCGGCCUCUCCAGUUCGGUCUCGGCGCUCAGCUUGUGCCCCAUGUCACUCAGGCACACACCCACGGACACGCAGUGGGUGAGGCCUCUCAAUCUGCACCUGCGACUCGACUCGGGUGGCAAUUGGUCUGGCAUGGCUGAACUGGCUGCAAAGAUCCGCGCCAGGUUCAAACGCCGGCCGUCUGCCAUCGGCUCGCUGCUUAGCAGCAGGUCUACCGGCAGCCACACAUCCUCCUCGCACCGCAGCCCCAAUGCAGAUCACCACCCCCAUAAGCACCUGACUGACCCCGACGCCGACCAUGACCCGGACUCCAAGUCGCGUGCGGGGAGCUCACGCGUCUCCGUCCUCUUCGACCUAGACGGCGACGACGACGCUCAUCGUCGUCCCCGGUCCCAGCCGCAGCCCGGUCGAGAUCAAUGCGCGCCAGACAUGGUGGGACACCCGGGGCUAGGCGAGGGUGAGGGUGAGGGCGAGAGCAAGGGCGAGGAGGGCCUGGCUGGCGACGACUCUCACCCGCCGCCCGACCACCAGCACCACCAGCACCAAUCCGAGUCCGGUAACGACAGUCCAAUUUCCCCAGCCCAGCACGAAUUCCCAACCGGCCAUCAGACUCAAAAUACCCAAAAUGCCUCUUCCCUCUCCUCCUCCCCCGAGACACUAAAGCCAACAGCUCCGGCUCCAGCUCAACCUCCAGCUCAAUCCCAAGCGGAAGCGUCUGCGGGUAGUAGUAGUGUCUUGGCCAGCUCCCCUGAGCCACCUGCGCCUGCGCCUGCGGUCGAAUCUGAACCUGAAUCUGCUGCACCUGCACCCGAACCCGAGCCUGCACCUGCAACUGCGGCCAGCAGCGAGGGCCACCUAACAGCAAUAGCAACCGCAACAGCCAGCGACAUGCCGGGCAACGAUCGGCGAAAACUCUCGUGCAUCAGCGAACAUCCCUCCCCAGACCACCAGGAACAGGUUACAAAAUCAAAUUCCAUCACCGCCCAUCCACCUCAGCCCCCAAUCACGAGACCCGCUGCCUUGACCGAUGCAACUUCAGUUCCUGCCCCGAAACCAAACGAUGCUGGCGACAAACCGGCCGCCGCUGCUGCUGCUCCUCCUCCGCCUCGAACUCCCAAAUUAGCUCCCGCAGCGACCCAGCGGCCCUUCCACAUCCCACUCCCCACUACCACCGUCGUUCCUCCCUCGGCCGCAAACCUCUCGCCCAACGCCGCGUACAGCCCAACCCCCAGCUCUCCUCUCGCCCGCAACUCCUCUGUUAGCUCGAGACCUGCUCCCAUCCGGCGACAGUCCCUCCUUUCCAACAGGCAGUCUACCCUCAUCCAGACUCUGCUACGCGGGUCUCAAGGCGACGACGCCGCCAGCAUCAGCAACGAGCAGCUGCUCCCCAUCAGCGGCAAUAUGGUCAUGCGCAAGAUCUGGGUCAAGAGGCCGGGCGCCUCUGCCACACUGGUCACAAUCAACGAAGAUGAUCUGGUCGACGAUGUGCGAGAUAUGAUCCUGCGCAAAUACGCCAACUCUCUCGGCCGCCAAUUCGAUGCGCCAGAUCUCACCCUCCGCAUCAGACCAAACGGAAACCAGCAGGAGCGGAUGCUAGGACCCGAGGAGCCAAUGUCGCGAACUCUCGAUGCUUACUUUCCCAGUGGACAGACUGUAGACGACGCCCUCAUCAUCGACGUGCCCCUACGACGCACUCCCAGGGCAUCCCCUCGAGGCGGCCCCCCUCAUGCGCCUCACAUGCAAUACUACGUCGAAGAGGCAAGACCAUCGGAGGCAGGAAACGACUACUUUGGACCUGGUGCUAUAUCAACUCUGCCUGUCACUGUGACUGCGCCAUCUAACGGCCCAGCCCCCCAGCAUGCGAUCUCAAUCCUGCAGACCGGGCAUGCCCCGCAGAUACCAUCACCAGGCGGCACUCGAGCAAGAACAUAUAGGGAAAGGCCAGAGCGGCCAAGAUUAGGACGUCAACACACUUCCUCGCCCACGCUGAUAAACAUGGCAUCUGGAACAACCCACCAGGGAUCUAUCGCCGCGGCCGCUGGAGCCCCUCAUGACCAGUCACAAGCCGCCCCGGCGCCACCGGCCAUCCCCACACCACCCGCUCCUGAAGGGACGGCGGCCGCCUCGCAGCGGUCGGCUACACCACCACCGCGCGUGUCGUCGCCGAGACCCAAGAUCUCCAAGAAGAAGAAACCCACAGAGCACCCAUCCUUGCCCAAGGGCAUGCUGAACGGUAGCGUCCCGCCCAUCAACGUCCUCAUCGUGGAAGACAAUAUUAUCAACCUCAAGCUGCUCGAGGCUUUUGUCAAGCGCCUCAAGGUGCGGUGGUCGACGGCCAUGAACGGCCGCGACGCUGUCAACAAGUGGCGCGGCGGAGGUUUCCACUUGGUGUUGAUGGACAUCCAGCUGCCCGUCAUGAGCGGCCUGGACGCGACCCGAGAGAUCAGGCGGCUGGAGAGGGUCAACUCGAUUGGCGUCUUCAGCUCGGCUGCCAGCGCGCCCCCGGAGGUUAAGGGCGAACCGGAUGAGAAGGACAAGCUCGAGAACAUGGACCUGUUCAAGUCGCCCGUCAUCAUCGUCGCACUGACUGCCAGCUCGCUGCAGAGCGACCGUCACGAGGCGCUGGCGGCGGGCUGUAAUGAUUUCUUGACAAAGCCCGUCAACUUUGUCUGGCUCGAGCGCAAGGUCAUGGAGUGGGGCUGCAUGCAGGCGCUCAUCGACUUUGACGGCUGGCGCAAGUGGAAGGAUUUCUCGGCCAAGCUGGAAGAGGACAAGAGGUCUUCCUCGGCUGCCGCGGCGCAGAAGGCGAAGAUCAGGAGGAACCGAUCCAGCAUGAGCCAUCAGGCCGUCGCCGCGGGUGCCUAG